GUUACGUGAACGCAGUCACCUGAGUUUGAGAUGUGCAUGCACCGCGAGGUGAGAACCACCCGAGUGACAAAAUGGAUCAGAUGUGGCCCAGUUGUGAUCCCAGAGACGUGCGCUUCAAUUACCAAGCCUUGCAAGGUCCGACCCUGGCCGGCCCGGACCUGUUCAAUGGGCCGCAGCCAGUCCUGCCGCAGGUUUACAUGAACAGCGCUGCGGGAUUUUACAGUCACGGCCAGCAGGUGCCAUAUUGGUGGCCUGUGCAAAACUUCGUUCCUCCAGCAUCAGUCAAUUUUGCUGCUCCUCCACAAAUGAUGGGAGGCACAACAAUGAUGAUGCCUGGGAACCAAAAUCUCACUCCCGGUGUGUUUCUGAGAGAUGCAGACGAUGAGGUAGAGCAUCAGUACAUAAAGAAGCCACCAAAUGCCUUCAUGGUGUUUGCAAGGAAGCAUCGCAAAGCACUCAUGGGAAAACUGGACAAGAAAGACAGCGCGUCAGUAAAUGUCAUCCUGGGAGAAAUGUGGAACUCACUACCGCAGCAAGACCAGGCCAAAUACUACGAGGAGGCAGACGUCGAGAGGCGACGUCAUGCCCAGUUGUAUCCCAACUGGUCAAUGUGUGAUAACUACGGCAAAAAGAGGAAGAGGAUGAGGGGCACUGCCACUGUUACAGAUCCCGAAGCUCCACAGCCCACAAGGAUGUGUGUGGCUCCGGUCCAGACGGGCAUGAUGGGGCCCGAACGAUACCCAACACAGGGCGAGUCGCAGUCUGUGAGCAACAUCGCAUGUUUACAACAGCAGCAACAGAAAGCCAACCUUCCCGCUUUCGUGCAUAACUUCAUGCCUCCAGCAGCUCCGACUACAUCCGGGAUGGAGUUUUCACAGAUUCUGAGUGGUGUCAAUUACAUGCCCCUGGCCCACGACAAACACACCCGACCCUUGACUGUGAAUUCAACUGAGCCUCAGAGUUUGGAGGAAGAGCUCCAUGUAAUAUUGGAGCGAUUUGAGGAAGAGUCCUCCACCACACAGACAGAGCAGUCUUCUGCAGCGCUGAAUUUAGAAGAAGAGCUCCAAAGCUUACUGGAACGUUUUCAGAACAAGCCCUCGACUGCACAGUUAGGCACAGACAGGCUCCACUGCGUCUUUGAGGGUUUAGGAAUCACUGCCCCCGAUACGGGAGGUUGUUGAGAGUUCUGCAAGGGCUGCGAUGAUGGAGCCAACCUAUGAAGACAAAUCAAGUGCGAUUGGAGCAUUUUCAAACUGCACGACAGACUUUACUGUUUGUGGUUUUUACUCACAAUUGUUCAUGAAUCAUCAACGUUUACAAACUUUUUUGUUGUUUUGUAUAGCGUUUUAAUCAAGGGCAAUCACAUGCCUCAGCACUUUAUUUUGUUAUGAGAGGCCACCGGUUUCUCAUGAGAAUGGACAACAAAGCAAGCAGCUCGAAUGCAAUAUCUGAACUGUGCUUAUGGACAUUAUUCAUAUCUUCAUUAAGUAUUCAUUUCAUCAGACAGCUACCACCUCGGUCUGUGCUUCAAGACAUUGGCUCCUGCCUGUUGCCUUACACCUACCGUAGAAAGGAUCCAUAUACAAUUUAUUAAUGAACUGGCCCAAUACAGAUUUUCUUUUCUCCCGUGUAGUGUCGUUCAGACAUGAAUUCAUCUCCAAAAGUUUUUUAAACUGAGGUAAAUGUCAUUCAUUUCUGCUGUAGACUGAAAACAUUUGGAUGUAUAGAGACAAAAGUUAAGACUUCUUGUUUAGGUGAGCAAAAGCACUGGUCUUAAAAAUCCUUUCAUUGGCAAGCAGUUUUUUUUUUUUUAUGCCUUCACCACAGACUCAGGUGUUCUGGGGCAAGUAUUUUGAACAGGUAAAAUACAUCGUCUACUGCUUUAACUUUGAGACCAAUCUAAUACAUUCCACUUCUUGCCCCUGAUGAACUGUUUUAUUUUGGCAGUCUUUAGCUUUGCCCUUUGGUGUAAUUUUUUUUUUUUACAGUAUUUACUCCCAGCAAUGUUUCAUUUUCCUUCCUCUUUUCAGGACAUUCCAUGUGGUUGAACUGGCUCUUUAACCAAUGUUUUGUGCAAUAGCUAUGAUUCAUUUUCCUUCCCACAUCUUCACAACAUUUUUGCUCGCAUGCAUUAGGGUAGAUCGAACGAAGAGCGUCACGUCAUGUCAUCUUACUUUGUUGUCAUUGUGUAUCUUGCCGCUUGUUGUGGCUGGGACAGGCUCCAGCACGCCUGUAAGCCUUGUCAGGAUAAGGAUAAAGAUAAUGGAUGGACGGAUGAAAUACACUAAUGACAUACAUUGUAGUAAUGUGUGAAAAGCACAACACUAAGGCCAUUGUAACAGUAAAAUUUUGUUAUAUCCAACGUUAAUCUCGUCAAACUUUACUGUAGCAUCAUUGCACUCUUUCACCAAGUACAAUAUACUUGAUGGUUGCGCUUUCAUAUGCUUCACAGACUGAACCUCCGAAACUGUUAUUUUCAUCUGUAUAUAAUCUGUAAAUAUGUUUUUAGCCUCCAAACAUGUAGACAUACUACAACAUACUUGAGGGUUUUGUAUUUUGUAACUUCACUGUUUAUCAUUAUCCAUAACAGGUGAUGCGUCACUUAUGCUGCAGUAUGUAAUUAUUUAUUUUUGCACUUGU